AUGUCAAGCACGUCAAACUCCUUCGGGGCAAGCGGUCUUCGACUCCUCUUGUCAUGGGCAGUCCUCCAAGUAGCCCUCGUUGGCGCAUCCCCCACACCAGUCGCAAGGCCCGACACUCUUCCCUACCCUGACCACGAACCUCUCGCCAAGCGAGUCGUAGGACAGUUUCCCAGCUUUCCAAAUGAUUACAGUGGUCGCGUCCAAAAGGGUGUCUACCUCCGUACGCUCAUGCCGCUGAGCGACGCGGAGGCGACGCGCCAUAACCGCGGGGUCAGCGUUGCGAGCCCAUGGCAGAACCAGGCCGCCGUCGAACAGUGGGGGUGGACGCGCGAAAUUAACUGGGCGCCGUUCAACACUAACGGCGGCGACGAGUUCAGUGACGGCGAUGACUUUGACCAGUUUGAGACCUCACCUGGUUUCGGUAAUCUCAUGGACGAUGUCUUCGCAGACCCGAGUCAUCCAGUAGACCCGAUGGAGAAUGGGCUGUCUACAUUCCUGCAUGCAAAUGACUUCACACUCCGGGAUGGCUCGUGGGGAGAGCCAUCACAAGCCUCCUACCAAAACGUCUUCAACCCUCGCUCAGGAGCAAUCAUCUUUGACAGAGACUUCAGCCCCCGAUAUCAAAUAGCCGAAAGCGGUGCCGGCGACGUCCCAGAACUUGAACAGCUCUCCGACCUCGCCUACUUCCAAUGGCUCGAUGCCUGCGCAGCAAAGCGUGUUCGCCCUAACAACAUUAACCUCAUCUUCCAGUCUCACAUCACCUAUGUCCCCAGCUUUAACCUCAUUGCGCAGGCUCUGUAUGACGCCGGGUACCGCAGGGUGCCAGGUUGGGGCGAGAGGGCGACAUUUUCAAUGGAUUCUCGGCCGGGAUUGGCCAUUCUCGGGAGCACACACGGCGCCGCUCCGGCCUUGUUCCUCAUCCAGCACAAAGCGACAUUUGGCCGGAAAGUAAUUACGGAAGUGACAGUAUGGGGAGGCGCGAGCGGUUUCAGUUUCAGAGCGAACCCAGAAGUUGAGACUCUGAACUUGAGAUUCACCGUGAGGGACGCCUGA